GCAAACGCCACUGGGAGAUCGUUGGAAAAGGACGAUUGCGUUUCAGGAUUUCAAUGGUGUACCAAUACGUCAAAGCAAUGGACGCCGAGUACCAGUCGAAAUGGGGAGCGACUGUUUUUACCCAAUAGAGGGCGCUAUUUAAGGUUUAUGGAGCGCUCGUCAAAAUUGAGUGAUGGAUCGUCACGAUCAUGGAUCAUCAUUUUGACCGGAUUGAGCAGUUUAUCACGGAUGUGACCCUGUGCGUCGAAACCAGCAGAGAUCUCUGUGAGAGAAUCUGUCAAGACUUCCGCCCUCUGCUCAACCAGCCCUGGCCUCCCAAAGCCAAGCCUGCCAAGUCUGGCGCCCCUCUAGCAGGAGAUGGUGAUGCUGGUAACCAUGGCGACGCCGCAUCGCUGGAAGAGGCGGAGACCCUGGCUGAGGUGGAGAGGGCCUUGGUUAAGGCUCAGAGGGCUAGGCAACUCCAGAAGAGGCUCAACCCACUGGAGGAGUUACGUCAAGAGGAAGGAACAAUGGCACCAGAUGCCGAUCAAACGACUGGGGGAAAUGCUCCAUCCGAGCCCACCGGCCAAGUCAUCGAUGGACAGGAGUUUGCCGUCAUUUCCCAGUCGUCCUUAAAGAAGCUGUUUGCCGACGUGAAACCACGGAUUUUGGAGAAGUCUGGCGCAAACUCCACUCCCAAGCUGAGGCCUGGAACAGCCCAGGCCAGAGCGGCAUACAGCGCCAAGGUUCCCCGGCCGAAACCUUUGGCCAAAUCCCACUUCAAAACCACUUCCUCGGAAAUCGGCAGAAAUGUCACUGCCAAGCCUGUGGCUAAUUCUGUGGGCAACAAGGCAAUGAAGCCGAAAACUGUCGGUGCCCAAAAUGCUAGAGAAUCUACUGCAACAAGAAAUUUCAGUAAGGGAAAAGGGCCUAAUACUGCUGUGAACGGAACUAAGAAAUCCAACAGCGCAGGAGGCAAAAAUGUAUUAAAUACAGACAAAGGUACCGCAGGCAGUCAAAAGAAUGGAAAAACCAUGUUGGAUAAGAAACAGAAUACAUCUGCCAUCAGAGAAAAACGAAACGGAGAUUUGCCUGAUGCCGGGAAUAAAGGGAGUCAAAAGUCUGUAGGAGUGCCAAAACAGCCUUCAGAAAUAGCUUAUGAACAUAAACAUUUGGUAGAUAGAAUGGGAAAUGUUGUACAGAAAACGGCAGGGUUGAGACUGAGUGAGGUAUCCUCAGCUACGCCAAGUUCUUCAGAGACGGGAGAUUGUGGAAAGAGUGUCCAGGAAGACAACCCUAGACUGUUCAUGCUGAAGAGGGAUGGGCGCAACCUCAAGGUGCCAGGCAAACUCAAGAAACUCCAGUCAGAUAUCUCCAAGCUCAGACAGAGACUGUCAUCUAAGAUGGAAUCUGAAGAGCAAUCGCUGCCUUCUCAACACUUUCGGCAGCGAUUGGAAUCAAAAUUUCAGCAGUCGUCCACAUCUCUUCCAUCCAGAGAUAUCCAGGGGAGAAUUAUGGAGCUGACAACAGAGUGCAAUCACCUCAUUCAUGUUGCUAAAUCUGCCCUGAAUGACUUCCCCAAGCAUGGCAAAGCAUCGUGGGACAGCCGAUAUAGGCUUCACGUCCUGACUAAAGCACUGAGGACAAAACUGGAUGCACUGAAAGGAGAAGUUGAAAAUGUUGCUGAAGCUGAGGCUCUGGAACUUUCUUUCGGUAACGAGAACCCAGGAUUGCCUCAUGUGAGCCAGCCCUAUUCAUCUGAUUGCUGUAUGCAGGAAAAUGUUUCCUAUCAGCCGUCCACCACGUUCUUUCUCCCUGUUCAACAUAGAGAUUUACAAGGUUGCAUGGAGUACCUGGACCCUACAGGCCAACAUGGCCAUAGGAACUAUGAGUACAGUCAACUCAGGGAACUGCAAAGGCUAGCUACGCUACAACACGAUGUGCAGAGGUUAAGUCUGCAAAUCCAGGCCGAAAAGCUGAUCGGACAGGAGAUAUUACCAAUGAUGGAGAAUCUAGAUUCGUCAGACAGCAGCUGUACUGCCCUGUACAGAUCUCUGUAUGGUCUGCUGUGUCACGGCGGACAACUCUUCCCAGCAGUUGUCGCAGACAGUGUCGGCAGUGCCAGCUUGAUGGAGACAACUUGA